AGAGUGACGUGAGCGGGCAUAUGAUCGCCUAGGCCCCAGGCCAAACCCCGUCCAAAAUGGCUGAUCAAAAGGAACUGCAGAUGGAGGAAGCGGUUGCGCUAGAGUCAGCGGCGGCACCGCGUGUCGGGUGCGGCAGGCGAACGACGAAAUACAUCGGAGCCUACUGGCGGAGCAUGGUGGUGAUCGUGGCACCCCUGAUCGCAUGCCUCGUCUUUCUCAUCGACACCACGCCGGCCUACCGGUGUAUGUUCGUGGUGGUUCUGAUGUCACUGUACUGGGUUACGGAAGCGCUGCCCCUGCCCGUGACAUCCAUGCUGCCGAUCGUGCUGUUCCCGGUGCUGGGAGUCCUCGAAACCGAUCGAACGUGUAUGAUGUACAUGAAGGAGACGAUGUUAAUGUUUAUCGGUGGUAUCAUUAUCGCCCUGGCCGUCGAGUACUGCAACCUGCACAAACGGGUCGCCCUGAAGGUGAUCUCGGUGAUUGGAUGCAGCCAGCGGAGGCUUAACUUUGGACUGACCGCCGUCACGAUGUUCGUCUCGAUGUGGAUCUCCAACACGGCCGCCGUGGCGAUGAUGUGUCCGAUCAUGCAGGCCGUCCUGGAGGAACUGGAGUCGCAAGGACUCUGCCAGAUGUACGAACGGAGGAAGAAGACGGGCGAAGAGGAAGGCAUGCUGGGCAAGGAUAAGCUGGAUGACGAACCUCCUCGGCCGACAAAGACGACACUCUGCUACUUCCUGGGAGCAGCCUACGCGUCCACGCUCGGCGGCUGUGGUACGAUCGUCGGUUCGGGCGUAAACCUCACGUUCAAGGGUAUCUACGAGAGCCGAUUCCCAACCGCACCGGGGAUUGAUUUCCCGAAGUUUAUGUUCUACAACGUGCCCGGAAUGCUGCUGUACACGUUUCUCACAUGGGUCUACCUUCAGUGGCUGUACAUGGGCAUGUUUAGACCGAACAGCGAAGAAGCGAAGGCGGCCGAUAUCGGGCCCGAGGGAGAAGCGGUUGCGAAGCGGGUGAUUGAGACCCGCUACAAGGAGCUGGGACCGAUGACGUCGCACGAGAAGAGCGUAGCGUUCCUGUUCGUCGUGGCCGUCGUGCUGUUCUUCACCCGCGAGCCAGGCUUUAUCACUGGCUGGGCGGAUGUACUACACACCGUUAAGAUUAAGGAUGCCACUCCGGCCAUGUUUAUCGUGAUUGUGCUGUUCAUGAUCCCGGCCAACUGGCGGUGUUUGAAGUUCUGCCGCAGCAAUCCAGGCCGCCUUCCGACCGAGGCUACGUCCGGGCUGAUCACGUGGAAGUUCAUCAACCAGAAAGUUCCAUGGAGUCUAAUCUUCCUGCUCGGUGGUGGCUUCGCCCUGGCCGAGGGUGGCCGCGUGUCCGGAAUGUCCGCUCUCUUGGGACAAUCGUUGGCCGGGCUGAAAACGCUCCCUCCACUGUUGCUACUGUUCGUCGUCUGUCUGACGGCCCAAACGCUCACAGAAUUCACUUCGAACGUGGCCAUCUGUAACGUGAUUUUGCCCGUGCUGGCAGAAAUGGCGAUCGCGAUCGAGAUUCAUCCGCUAUAUCUGAUGUUCCCGGCCGCGAUGUCGUGUAGCUUUGCGUUCCACAUGCCCGUGGGAACGCCACCGAAUGCGAUCGUGGCCGGUGUCGGUAACAUUGCGAUCAAGGAUAUGGCCGUGGCCGGCAUCGGUCCGUCGAUAUUCACGCUGCUCGUCAUCUGGGCCAGCUUCCCGACGUGGGGCGCCGUCGUGUACCCGGAGCUGGCCACCUUCCCCGACUGGGCCCGGCCGGUCGUGCUGAACGCCACGCUAAACUAAGGUGUUUCGGAAGUACUUCAGUAGCAAAAAGUUAGAGGAGACAAUUAGAAGUGUUACGUACCAAAAAGGUGUGUGUGUGCCAAACGUGCGGGGAGCGCCGAUGUGGGGGAAUGUGCAUUUACAGACCGGACCGGAUUUAAUACUGCCGCCGUGUGGACGAGGAUACUCCGUUUUAGUUUGCUACCUAUCGGCGAGGAAAAGUACUUGAACUUUCGUGCGUGGUACUUAUCACUUGGUACUUUGCAUUAGCGUGUACAGUUUCAUGUCGGUCUUCCAUAGCGAAAUUAUUUCAGCAAAGCGCGAAAGGCGCAAGCCUUACCAAGGCGGUGACGCGCAGCCAGCGAACAACAAACGACCUUAGUGUUUAGUAGAGUAGAAACGAAACCAUGCUGCGCUUCUUCGAGACGCGAGUGUCUAGACAAAACGACAUGUUGAUUAUAAAUAUUUUGUCCCGAAGAAAUAAAGAGAGAGAGGGGGAGAAAGCGAUCGGAAACGCACACCGCUGACAUUGCAUGAUGUGAGCAGAGUGUUGGAGUGCAGGAGAAGACAUACGUACAAUAAAUAUA